UAGAUCAAAAUUUAUGAUCUAUAUUCUAUGAUGAUCUCAAGCCGUAGAUAGUAUCAUUAUUCAUUAGUAUCUAAGGGUAGUAACUUGUUAGGCGUAUUCUUGAAUUAAAUAAUAAAUAUUGACUGUGGGUGUAUACACUAUACAAUACAUCUCAUAUAAGCGAUAUGGUAUGAGACGAUGAAAUGAAAUACAAAUAAAUUAAUAAAUCAAUUAAUUAGUAAUUAGGAAUUACUAUAAAGUAUUUUAGUAGUUUAUCUCUUACACUUUGACAGAUGACUUAAACCAUAGUUCUGUAUUUAAAAAUACGCUUUAUAAACGUGACUUAUAAAAUUAUUGUUUAAUACUUAAUAAUAUUUCGCAAGAGUCUAUUUCAAUACUAUUCGAUUUGUUAUUUAAUAUCACGAAAUUAUUUAAUUGUUGAAGUAUUACUACAAUAGUAAGACUACCAUAUAAUAAUAAAAAACUAUUACAAACUGUAAAAUUUAAUUUUGAAAAACCAUUAUUGUACCUACCUAUAUUUUAAAUUUUGAUCAUGACUGAAAUUCACGAUCCAGACUUACAAGCAAAAUCAAGACGUGCCACUGGAAUUUUAUCAGAAAAUCUUCAUUUUGUUGCAAAUGAACCAUCCUUGGCAUUUUAUCGACUUCAAGAACAUGUACGGAAAUCUGUACCACCUAUGAUAGAGAAACGAGUACAAGUUCAAAAACUUCAUAAGGAUUUACAAGGACACUAUUAUGAUGUAGAAUAUGCAUUAGGAGCUAUUAAUUCUAUCAAAAAUUGCGAAGAACCAUUGAAUAAUAUUCAAGAACAACUUAAAAAUGCUUUAUUCCUUAGUCAACAAAUCAAGUAUGAGCAGACUAGGCGUGGAAAAUCUAAAAAAGAUUCUAUGUAUAAACGUCUAUCUGCACACUUAACUACUACUCUAGACUUACCCGAAUUACCAGAAGCUAUCAGAGAUACAGCUAAUAAAGUGGAAUCUAUGGUGAACAGUGCACGACAUUCUAAUAUAUAUUAAUAUCAAUGAAGACGAGUGUAAGACUGUUGUUCAGUUGUACUGUUAUUAAUAAAUAACAUUUGAAGUAAUUGAAAACACUGUUCAAGUGCUAACAGUGUGAUAACAAACAAAUUUUGGCUAUCUUUAUAGGGCAUAAACAAUUUAUUUUAAUUAAAUCCUUACACAUGACAUGUUGUAUUUAAUUAAUACACAUUAAUUUAGUUUACUGAAAAUAUCAAACAGUUUUAUUUAAACUUUUUAAAAAGUUCCAAUUAUAUUAGCGUAUGCAACAACCAACAAUAUGGCCAAAUACAAAUUCCUUGAUUAAAUCUACGCUUUAAAUUUCUGUUACAUAAGAAACUUAUUUUAUUAUGUAAUAAAUUUAUUUUAUUUUAAAAUUGUUAAACUAUUGUAUAAUUAAUAAUGAAGGUCUAAAAACCAUAUUUUAUUAUAUACUUUAGCUCAGUGCACCAGGUAGAACUUAAUCUCAUUGAUAAUACCUUUGAUCAAGUCUAUAACUAAAACUUAGGUACAUAAUUGAGUAUAGUAGUUUUAAGUUGUGUGAGAUGAAAAUUUUUAAUUAUUAGCAUUUGAUUUUAUUAUAUUGAUACGU